AUGUCUUCUACCCAAUUGCAAGUGGUCGAUGGAGUUGCGCUUGCGCAGAUUUUCAACGGGCUCAAAUCGGCCAAAGACGAUGAUCGUACUCGCUAUGCUGUAGAAUUACGUAACUAUUUGGAGCUGAUCGCGCGCGAUCUCUCGCCAGAGCAAUUCAACCGGUACAACAACGAAAUCAAUAAGACGAUUUUUGAGUUGCUCCACGGUAAAGAGACAUCUGAAAAGCUUGGAGGUAUAGCUGCUUUGAAUGCACUUAUUGACUUUGACUCUGGAGUAGGCGAGGAAAAUGCCACCAAGACAGCCCGGUUUUCCAACUAUUUGAGUUCUUUGAUUCUUCUGAAUGACUUGGUGAUUAUGAAACAGUCUACUAAGACGUUAGGAAAAUUGGCGACGCCCGGAGGAGCUCUCACUGGUGAUUUCGUGGAUUCGGAAGCCAAAAGAGCCAUGGAAUGGCUCCUGUCGGACAACAAACAACACGAAAACCGUCGUCAUGCAGCCAUAUUGAUCAUAACAGCCUUAGCAGAUAAUGCUCCAACAUUGUUGUACAACUAUAUUAGCCAGAUCUUGGAUCAUCUUUGGGUUCCUCUUCGUGAUCACAAGUUGAUAAUAAGAGAAGAUACCGCCAAAGCACUCCAGAAGAGUAUGCACAUAAUCUAUGACAGAGAUAUCAAUGCUAGAACAUACUGGAUUAAGAAGAUGAUCGAUAUGGCACUGAAAAUUCUUAACGAAAAUGAUAGUGUAGACUACAGCGAUGCGAAUGCCCCUUCUGCGUACAACUUAAUCGCUUCGACGACGUCGCAAUCGAAUGAAAGUAUCCACGGGUCACUUCUAGUGUACCGUGAGUUGAUCAGAUACCACAAAGACCCCUACAUCAUUUCCAAGUUUGAGCAGAUAUACGAAAAUACCAUGCUCUACAAAAAUCACAAACUCGCCAUCAUAAGGCAGGAGUUGACCAACAUCUUCCCCUUACUCUGUAAGGUCAAUCCCGAGCUUUUUGUGGAGAAAUACUUGCAUCGAACACUCUACUACUAUUUAUCUCAGCUCAAGAAGCUCAAAAAUCUGCAUAAUGAAACUUCCAAUUCGGACAAAAGUGCCAUUUUCCGAAGCAUCGGCCUCAUAUCUUUGGAAGUGGGUAACCAGAUGGCGACUUACCUAGAUGCCAUCCUUGAUAAUAUCAGAGAAGGCUUAUCGUAUGCCACCAACUCCAGCGUCCAGCUGAUUCUUGUCAAUGCUGUAUCCAGUGACCUGAAUGCUCCCACUGCUGCUGGUAUCAAUACCAUCUCUACUUCCUCGGCAAACUCUUCCAAAUACCGUGCCAGUCGUAAAGAAACAGAACCAGCUAUUUUCGACUGUAUAGGCAAACUCUCUAUUGCUGUAGGACCUGCAUUAACCAAGCAUUUGCAAAGAGAUAUCUUGGACAUGAUGUUCACCAACUGCUCUUUGUCAACUCACAUGCAAGUAGUGUUGCAAAUCCUCAUCACUAACAUUCCAACUUUGACUAACUUGAUCAACAUGAAGUUACUCAACUUGCUUAGUUUUGUCUUGUCGGGAAAGAGCUUUCAGCCUCCAGGAUCUCCCUAUGGAUCAGUCAAGAUGAACGAUUCCCUAGCAAGAGACUACAGACUUUUAAUGAUUUCAAGAGAUACUGGAUCCAGUAUUAACAGUAUUCUUCUGAAUAACGAAACUUACAAGGCGUACGAUGGAGCAAUUUUGAUUCAAGCACUUGAGAUGCUAGCUGCCUUCAAAUUUGAAAACUAUCAACUUAACGAGUUCAUCAGAUAUUGUACAAUCACAUAUUUGGAACACAGCGAUGCCAAAGUUAGACAGACGGCUACCGUUACGUCAUGUGAAAUCUUUGUUAAGGAUCCCAUUUGCCAACAAACAAGUGUAAACGCGCUCAAUGCUGUCAAUGAAGUCUUGGAUAAACUCUUGUCUAUCUCGAUUACUGAUCCGAUUCCAGAGAUCCGAUUAGAAGGUCUCAAUUGCUUGGGCGAUGCUGGCAAUUUCGAUCCUCAAUUGUCACAAGCUGAUAAUGUGAGACUAUUAUUCAUUGCAUUGAACGAUGAAGUAUUCAGCAUACGAAAAACUGCCAUCAGAAUAUUAGGAAGAUUAUCUUCCAUUAACCCCGCCUACAUUGUACCUUCAUUGAGGAAAACGCUCAUUCAGUUGUUAUCCAGAUUAGAUUACUCCUCUACAAGUCGGAAAAAGGAGGAAAGUGCCAUAUUGUUGUCCUUGCUCAUCAGCAACUCAAAGGAGUUGACAAGGCCAUACGUGAAACCCAUUGUUGAGACUUUAUUGCCAAAAGCAAAAGACUUGAGCUCCUCUGUAGCAUCUAGUGCAAUUAAUUGUAUUGGGGAGUUGGCUGUUGUAGGAGGAGAAGAUUUAAAGAGUUUCAUUCCUGAUUUAAUGCCUUUGAUUUUGGACACUUUCCAGGACCAAAGUUCAUCAUACAAACGUGAUGCCGCAUUGAAGACCUUGGGGCAACUAGCUAGUUCUUCUGGCUACGUUAUUCAGCCUUUGCUUGAGUAUCCGCAGUUGCUAGGAAUGUUAGUAGGAAUCUUGAAACUGGAGACUUCUCCUCAAAUUAGGAGAGAAACUGUCAGAUUGCUUGGUAUCUUGGGUGCUCUUGAUCCAUACAAGUAUAGAGAAGUAGAGCAAAACUCCAAGAAUAUCCCUGUUGAACAGAAUGCUCCUCCGGUAGAUGUAGCUCUCCUUAUGCAAGGGAUGUCACCAUCCAAUGAUGAAUACUAUCCUACAGUUGCAAUCACUAACUUAUUGAAGAUUCUCAAAGAUACUUCAUUGAGCACUCACCACACAAAGGUAAUCCAAGCUAUAAUGUACAUUUUCCAGACUUUGGGAUUGAGAUGUGUUUCGUUUUUACCACAAAUCAUUCCUGGUAUUAUUAAUGUUAUGCAUACGUGCCAACCCUCAAUGCUAAAGUUCUAUUUCCAACAGUUGGGAGCUUUGAUAUUGAUUGUUAAACAGCACAUUAGACCUUUCCUUCUGGAGAUUUUUGAGGUCAUAAAGGAGUUCUUCAAUGUGAACAGUCAAUUGAAUAUACAGGUCAUCAUCAUUAGUUUGAUUGAGUCCAUUUCGAGAGCUUUAGAUGGUGAGUUCAAGAUGUAUUUACCAGAUGUCUUGACGUUAAUGUUGGAUGUGUUCGAGGAAGACAAGUCUCCAAAAAGGGAACCUACCUUACAUGUUUUGAAGAGUUUUGUUGUCUUUGGAAGCAACAUAGAAGAAUAUGUGCAUAUAAUUGUUCCAAACAUUGUUAAGAUGUUUGAAGUAGGACCGUUCAACUUGCGUAAGGCUGCCAUUGAAACGAUUGGAAGAUUGUCAAGAAACGUUUUAUUAAAUGAUAUGGCUUCUAGAAUUAUUCACCCCAUAUUAAGAGUGUUACGUCAAGGGAAUGAUGAAUUAAGAGGCACUGCUAUCAACACAUUAAGCUACUUGUUGUUGCAAUUAGGAUCCGAAUUCAGCGUUUUCAUUCCUGUUAUUAAGAAGGUGUUGAUUCAACAGAAGAUACAUGCUCCAAAGUUUGAACAAUUGGUUGGAAAGCUUAUCAGUGGAGAUCCUUUGCCUCCACAUUUGGACAUUUACAAGGAUUAUGAUUCACACCUGCCUCAUUUUGACAUCUCAGAUGUCGACUUACCUUCCAAGAAAUUGCCUGUGAAUCAAGGAGCCUUGAAGACUGCUUGGGAUUGCGGCCAGCGCAGAAGUAAAGAAGAUUGGCAAGAGUGGAUUGGAAGAUUGAGUAAGGAAUUGUUGAAACAAAGUCCUUCUCAUGCAAUCAGAGCCUGUGCUCGUUUAGCAUCGGAUUAUUACCCAUUGGCUAAGGAUUUGUUCAACGCCAGUUUUGCCAGUUGUUGGAGUGAAUUGUAUUCUCAGCAUCAAGAAGAACUUGUUCAAUCAUUUUGUGUUGCAUUAUCUUCACCAAAUAAUCCGCCAGAGAUUCAUCAGAUCUUGUUAAACUUGGCUGAAUUCAUGGAACACGAUGAUAAAUCGCUACCUAUAGCGAUCACUACUUUAGGCCAGUAUGCUCAACGUUGCCAUGCUUUUGCCAAGGCAUUGCAUUAUAAGGAACUUGAGUUCUACGAAGAGCCAACGACGCCUACCAUUGAGUCAUUGAUCAGUAUCAAUAACCAAUUGCAACAGUCAGACGCAGCAAUCGGUAUUUUGAAGCAUGCUCAAUUGCACCACGACCUCCAAUUAAAGGAAACAUGGUAUGAGAAGUUGCAGCGUUGGGAUGAUGCUCUCAGAGCGUAUAAUGAACGUGAGAAGCAUGAGCCUAACAACAUGGAAAUAACCAUGGGUAAGAUGAGAUGUUUACACGCGUUGGGAGAGUGGGAACAGUUAUCUGAAUUAGCACGCAGUAAAUGGGACGACUCAUCCAGUGACAUCAAGAGAAGUGUAGCACCAUUAGCAGCAGCUGCUUCUUGGGGUUUGGGCCAAUGGGAUCGUAUGGAUUCUUGUAUCAAGGUAAUGAAGUCUGAGUCUCCUGAUAAGGCUUUCUUCAACGCCAUCUUGUCUCUACACAGAAACAACUUCGAAGAUGCAUCCAAUCAUAUCUCGAAAGCUAGGGAUUUGCUUGUUACUGAAAUUACUGCAUUGGUCAGUGAAAGUUAUAACAGAGCAUAUGGCGUGGUAGUCAGAGUCCAAAUGUUAGCUGAAUUGGAAGAAAUCAUUAAGUAUAAGUGCCUACCACAGGGUUCGGAAAAGAGAGCUGUUAUGAGAAAGACUUGGAAUACGAGACUCUUAGGAUGUCAGCGUAAUGUAGAUAUUUGGCAAAGAAUGUUGAAGGUGAGAGCUCUAGUUAUCAAGCCAAAGCAAGAUAUGGACAUGUGGAUCAAAUUUGCCAACUUGUGCCGUAAAUCUGGAAGAUUGAAUUUGGCAGAAAAGUCCUUGAAUUCCUUGUUAGAAGAGGGAUCUCCAGAGAACCCUUCCAGGGCUCCACCACAAGUAGUUUAUGCUCAGCUUAAGUAUAUGUGGGCUAAAGGACAACAGAAGGAAGCUUUACGACACUUAGUUGAUUUCACGACCAGAAUGUCUCAAGAUCUCGGAUUGAAUCCAAACGAUUUGAUCACCCAACCUUUGCCGUCUGAAGGCCCAGGUAUUCCUAAACAUGUAGAGGAAUAUACCAAGUUGUUAGCACGUUGUUUCCUUAAGCAGGGUGAAUGGCAGAUUGCCUUAAAUAACAACUGGCGUACUGAGACCUCUGAGAUCAUUUUAGGUGCCUAUCUUUUAGCCACUCAUUUCGACAACAAGUGGUAUAAGGCAUGGCAUAAUUGGGCUCUUGCCAAUUUUGAGGUUAUCUCUGUUUACACUACUCAAAGCAAUACUUCUUCUAGCGCUGGUAACAGCAAUUUCGGAAGUCAAGGUGACAUUGUAGAGCAAAACGAUCAAAUCAAGCUUUCCUCUGCACAAGAGACUGGGGCAAAUCCAAAAUUACAACCAGCAAAUAUGAUUCCUAUGGAAGCAGUGCAGAGACAUGUUAUUCCUUCCAUUAAGGGUUUCUUCCAUUCUAUUGCGUUGUCAAGUUCUAACUCAUUGCAAGAUAUGUUGAGAUUACUCACGUUGUGGUUCAAGUUUGGAGGCAUUCCUGAAGCAGCUCAGGCAAUGACUGAGGGCUUCAACAUGGUUAAAAUUGACAACUGGUUAGAAGUUGUUCCCCAACUUAUCUCGCGUAUCCAUCAACCAAAUCAAAUUGUGAGUAGGUCGUUAUUUGGCUUGCUCGCUGAUUUGGGUAAGGCUCAUCCACAAGCAUUGGUGUAUCCUUUAGCUGUUGCCGUUACCUCUGAGUCGGUUAACAGAAAAAUGGCUGCUGAGUCGAUCAUAGAGAAAAUGCGUCUUCAUUCAUCUAACUUGGUUGAUCAGGCUGAGUUGGUCUCUCACGAAUUGAUCAGAGUGGCGGUCUUGUGGUUAGAACAGUGGUAUGAAGGUUUAGAAGAUGCUUCCAGGCUAUUCUUUGGUGAACAUAAUACUGAGAAGAUGUUCGAAGUUCUUGAACCUUUACAUCAGAUGUUAGCGAAAGGACCUGAAACAAUGAGAGAAUCUUCGUUUGCUACGGCUUUUGGAAGGGAAUUGGCAGAUGCCUAUGAAUGGGUGUUGAAUUUCCGCAGAACUAAAGAUAUCACUAAUUUGAACCAAGCAUGGGACAUUUACUAUAAUGUUUUCAGAAGAAUCAGUAGGCAGUUACCACAAUUGCAAAGUUUGGAAUUACAAUACGUUUCUCCAAAAUUAGAAUCUGCUAACAACUUGGACUUAGCCGUUCCAGGUACUUAUCAAGCAGGCAAGCCUGUCAUUAGAAUCAUGGGAUUUAAUCCUACAUUCUCGGUUAUCUCUUCGAAACAAAGACCAAGAAAGGUUACCUGUGGCGGUAGCGAUGGUAAAGACUACUUUUAUGCCUUGAAGGGGCACGAAGACAUCAGACAGGAUAACUUGGUUAUGCAAUUGUUUGGUUUGGUGAAUACUUUGUUGGUCAACGAUCCAGAGUGUUUUAAGAGACACUUAGAUAUCCAGCAAUACCCUGCAAUUCCGUUGUCGCCUAAGGUGGGUUUAUUGGGUUGGGUACCUAACAGUGACACUUUCCAUGUGUUGAUCAGAGAAUACAGAGAAUCUAGAAAGAUCUUAUUGAAUAUUGAACACAGAAUUAUGUUGCAAAUGGCUCCUGAUUACGACAGCCUAACUUUGCUACAGAAGGUGGAGGUAUUCACAGGAGCAUUGGAUAACACAAGAGGACAAGACUUGUACAAGGUAUUGUGGUUAAAAUCGAAAUCUUCUGAGGCUUGGUUAGACCGUCGUACGACUUAUACACGUUCGUUGGCAGUAAUGUCUAUGGUUGGUUAUAUUUUGGGAUUGGGAGACCGUCAUCCCUCAAACUUGAUGCUUGACAGAAUCACUGGUAAGGUUGUUCAUAUCGAUUUUGGUGAUUGUUUCGAAGCUGCUAUUCUCAGAGAAAAGUAUCCAGAGAAGGUUCCUUUCAGAUUGACUAGAAUGCUUAAUUAUGCUAUGGAAGUAAGUGGAAUUGAAGGAUCGUUUAGAAUAACAUGUGAACAUGUGAUGAGAGUCUUGAGGGAUAACAAAGAGUCCUUGAUGGCUAUCUUGGAAGCCUUUGCCUAUGAUCCAUUGAUCAACUGGGGGUUCGAUUUCCCCACCAAAGCUGUAGCUGAAGCAACUGGUAUCAAGGUUCCUCAGGUUAAUGCAGCUGAGAUGUUAAGAAGGGGACAGAUUGAUGAGCAGGAAGCUGCCAAAUUACAAAGACAGAAUGAGGUUGAAAUCAGAAAUGCCAGAGCUGCUUUAGUAUUGAAGAGAAUUACAGACAAGUUAACUGGAAAUGAUAUAAAGAGACUCAAAGGAUUAGAUGUUCCUACACAAGUGGACAAAUUGAUUCAACAAGCCACCAGCGUUGAAAACUUGUGCCAACAUUACAUUGGCUGGUGUUCAUUCUGGUAG